GGCAAGCUGUUGCGCACCCAUGCUUCCAAUAACCAACGCCAUCUAAAGACAUGUCACAUGUGCAAGUGCAUAUGUCAGGCACAGGCGCCCUGCCCUGGAGCUCCGAGUGCACGGGUGCUGCCACCUGUCCUGCCCGACCUUAACCCGGAGCCCCAGUAUGACGGUUCCUGGCACUGGGGAGCCGCUGGAGACGGCACAUUGUUCAACACCGACUAUGGACAGUACCAACUUUCAUUCAAUGACAUUGCAUCCGGGGAAACAGUACCAUAGCAGUGGUCCGACUGCAGCACGGGCCACCCCAGUAACGGAGGCUCCUACCGGGAUCGCUCACCCGGGCUGCCUGAAGAGUCCGAAUCCGCUUCCCCGACCACGAACCUACCACAACAACCUUAGUGAGCCUGUCAAAAGCCGCAGGUGUUGGAGGCACUGUCGGCACCCUGCAGGCACAGCGGGCGGCCGGCAAAUGACCAUGCGGCUGAGAAAUUUCAGGCAACCAGGUGGAACAGGGGCUGCGUAGGCCAUCAACCAAGCACAAACCAGCCGUCCGGUCCCUGACGGCUCCAAUG